AUGGCAUCGAGGUGCGGACCGUGGGGCGGCGGCGCGGGUAUGGACGGCGGGAGUGGCCGCUACAGCGCCGCGACCGGCGCGCUCCUCCCAUCGCUGGGCGCGCACAGCGGCCGCCGGCCCCGGCUCCGGCGGUUCAUCGUCUCUCCCUACCACCCGCGGUACCGUCUCUGGGAGCACUCCCUGAUCGCGCUCGUGGUCUACUCCGCGUGGGUGUCCCCCUUCGAGUUCGCCUUCGUGCAGGACCCCGCCGGCGCGCUCGCCGCCGCCGACAACGCCGUGAACGCCGCCUUCGCCGUCGACAUCGCGCUCACCUUCUUCGUCGCCUACACGGACAGCAAGACGCACCUGCUCCAGGACGACCCCAGGAGGAUCGCCUGGCGGUACGCCACCACCUGGCUUGCCCUCGACGUCGCCUCCACCGUCCCCACCGAGCUCUCCCGGCGCAUCCUGCCGCCGCAGGCCAGGUCCUACAACUUCUUCGGCAUGCUCCGCCUCUGGCGCCUCCACCGCGUCGGCGCCCUCUUUGCCCACUUGGAGAAGGACAGAAAGUUCAGCUACUUCUGGGUUCGAUGCGCAAAGCUCAUCUGCGUGACGCUCUUUGCAGUGCACAGCGCGGGCUGCUUCUACUACCUGCUCGCCGACCGGUACCCGGACCCGGCGCACACGUGGCUGAGCACCGCCAUGCCGGACUUCCACAGCGAGAGCCUCUGGAACCGGUACGUGGCGUCCAUGUACUGGUCCAUCACCACCCUCACCACCGUGGGGUACGGCGACAUGCACGCCGUGAACACCCGGGAGAUGGUGUUCACCACCUUCUACAUGCUCUUCAACCUCGGCCUCACCGCCUACCUCAUCGGCAACAUGACCAACCUCGUCGUCCACGGCACCGGCCGCACCAGAAAAUACAGGGACACGAUCAAGGCGGCGACGAGCUUCGCGCUGCGGCACCAGCUGCCGGCGCGGCUGCAGGAGCAGAUGAUCUCGCACCUGAGCCUCAAGUUCAGGACGGACUUGGAGGGGCUCCGGCAGCAGGAGACCCUGGACGCGCUGCCCAAGGCCAUCCGGUCCAGCAUCUCGCACCACCUCUUCUUCAGCCUCGUCCAGAACGUCUACCUCUUCCAGGGGGUCUCCAAUGACCUCAUCUUCCAGCUGGUUUCUGAGAUGAACGCCGAAUACUUUGCGCCGAGGGAGGACGUCAUACUGCAGAACGAGGCGCCGUCGGAUUUCUACAUUCUAGUCACUGGUAGUGUGGAGUUGUUGGAGCUCCAAAACGGUGCAGAGCAGAUGGCCGGGAUGGCCAAGGCGGGCGACGUCGUCGGCGAGAUCGGGGUCCUCUGCUACAGACCCCAGCUCUUCACGGCAAGAACACGGUCCCUGUGCCAGCUCCUGCGCAUGGACCGGACCGCCUUCCUCAGGAUCGUUCAGUCCAAUGUUGGGGAUGGCACCAUCAUCAUCAACAACCUUAUUCAGUACCUUAAGGAGAAGAGAGACAUCGGCGCGAUCGCCGGUGUCGCGGAGGAGGUCGAGUACAUGCUAGCUCGGGGUCAGCUGGAGCUCCCUGUCACGCUCUGCUAUGCAGCGUCCAAAGGAGACGACUUUCUGAUGCAUCAGCUCCUAAAGCGUAGGGCUGACCCAAAUGAGGCAGAUAACUAUGGGCAUACAGCAUUGCAUGUAUCAGCUUCCAUUGGGAGCGAGCAAUGCGUCAAGGUUAUGUUGGAUCAUGGCGCUGAUCCUAAUGCUAGAGACACUCAAGGGAGGGUCCCCUUAUGGGAGGCCUUGUCAAGGAGGCACCAUGCGGCCGUGCAGCUGCUGGUGGACGCCGGUGCUGACCUAUCCUCGGGCGACGCAGCGCUGUACACCCGCGCCGCCGUUGAGGGAGACGACGCCGCGCUCCUCGAGGACAUCGCACGCCACGGCGGGGACGUGGCGGCGGUGGCGUGCUGGGACGACGGCACCACAGCGCUCCACCGCGCCGUCCUUCUGGGGAACGUUGGGAUGGUCAAGGUCCUGCUCGAGCACGGCGCCGACGCAGACAGAGAGGACGGCGGCGGCCGGACACCGAGGGCCAUGGCCGAUCAGCUCGGCCACCGCGACAUACGGCUCUUGUUCAGAUCGCACCAAGACGUGCAGAGUCCGAUGCAGCAAGGCUCGUCGAUGGAUCAUCUCAGGGUGGCAGCUCCAGUGAUCAGGUUUCAGAGCGCGCCCGCGGCGAGGAUCCCGCACCGCGACAGCAUCGACUCGUCGCCGCCGUCGUCGAGGCACAGCACUCCCCUGCGGAUGGCCAGCUUCCGUAACUCCCUCUUCGGCGUCAUCUCGUCGUCCCAUGCGAACCAGCACGGCAAAGGCGUCAGCGGAAGCCUGCUCUUCGGCGGCGGCCACGGAGGGAGAGAAGCUCGUCAGGCCGCCAAAGCGAGGAAGCUGGUGUUCAUGCCGGAGACGAUGAGGCAGCUCGUGGAGCUCGGAGGGAGUCGGUUCGGGUUCUCGCCGACGAGGGCAGUGACGACGGAAGGCGCCGAGGUCGACAAAUCGAGGCUCGUCAGUGACGGCGAUCACCUGCUCCAUGUCACCGAUCAGUGGGUGCCUGACACCCACAUCGCGCGAGUGACACGACGAAGGAAGAUGUUCUGA